AUGGGCAAAAGCGGGCUUGCAAACCAAUUGGGCAACAUCGGCCUGACUGACCACCCUUUCCCGCUCUUUACUCAAGAAGCAGUAGACAUCAUCCGAGCAGCGUUGCUCCAAAAGGAAACUUUUGGAGCAAUUCCACUAGUGGGCUGGACUGUUGUAUUCAGCGGCGCCGCAAAGUCAAGAGGCGAAAUCAUCUGUCGCUUCAUUUACGAAGUAUGGACCAACCCCAAGACUAUGGAGCUCGUGUCGCGCAUGGCGAGCGUCGAGCUUGCGAUAGCGAUGGACUAUGAAAUUGUUCAUACCAACAUCUGUUUGAAAAGUCACGAUGUGGCGGCUGAAGAACGAGUCCAUCACACGCGAGAAAUUGCCACUGCUGAUGAGGAGGAGGAGGAUGGUGAUGAGGUUCCGGCUAUAGUUGGCUGGCACCACGAUUCGCAUCCAUUGGUAUGUGUCUUGAUGUUGAGCGACACGGGGCAGAUGAUUGGCGGUGAGACCAUGUUGCGCAAGGGUGAUGGCUCAGUCACUAGAGUCUCGGGCCCCAUCCAAGGCUCAGCCUGCAUCUUACAAGGCCGCUUGAUCGAGCUUUUUAGUUUGCCCUACACCGCAAGGUGUAAGCGAACGGAUCACGAUGGCGGCUAG